AUGCUUGGUGAAAAUGUCUCCGACGUCUCAGGGUCCAGCAGCAUCUUCACGACUAUGUUCAUCACCGUGUACUGGCAUCAGAAGCUCGCCGGCUCUCUGAAGCGUGGAGGAGCUCCUGAGCAAAUGGAAAACCUCCGCCUCUUCACCACACUGCUGACAGGGAUCUGGGCGUUCUCCAUCACCUUCAGCGUUCGUCAUUUCUUCUCCAUCUCCCGGGACAUCUUGAACGAAAGCGUCAAUGACUGCAUGGAACAAUUCCCAACCCAAGAGGCCAGGCACGCUUACGAGACGUCGUACCUUACACUGGCAAACCUUGUUCCGACUAUCGGCAUCGUCGUUGCAAGCAUCCGAAUUGCAGUCACACUCGUACGGGACGAGGAGCGGAUCAAGACCGACACAAACGUGUUCGCUAGAGGAGGAAAUGCCAAGAUAAACGAGCCUCCAGAACCCACAUCCAAACAUGCAAUGUCAAACGCUGCAAAUAAAGUCCAAGACCAACAACAAGGCAUCCAGAGGUCCCAGAACAACACCAGCUCCUCCUCAGGUAAUCAGGUGAGGGCUGCCAAGAGCGUGAUGACAGUCGCCACUAUUUUCCUGAUCUUCUGGCUAACGCACCUCAUGCUCAGAAUAACCAUCACCGUUUACGAGUCCUUCGUAGUAGCGGAGAUAAUCAGCUAUAUAGGAGCAACAUAUACAUGUAUAAUCUCUUAUAUGUCCUUGCAUGGCGUGAAGAAGUUGAACCGCUCUUCCAAAGGCUGAGCAACAGUCUGAAAAUAGCACACGCGAAUGCUCGCUUCUCCGAGACACAGCAGGAGAAAUGAGGCAUGAAGCGUUAAGAUACAAAGUGGAGUGCAUCCUCGAACUCGCCUUCGGUGGAUUUUAAGUGC